AUGCCCAAAAAGCACAAGAAGACCGCCUUUGCGAAACCAGCCAGCACUGCUCACCAUACCCUCGCUUCCUCCGGCCCGCGACACGACCACCAUGAUCGUCUUCGUUCAUCCCACGCUUCGUCCUCUUCCGCGGAGCAACCCUCCGUCAACGACCUGAUUCACCACCUCCGCCGCACGCAGGUCUCCAAUGGACCUGAAAGCCCCUUUAGAUUUGUCGCGCCUCGAUCUGUACAUCCCUCUUUACGGAACCUUCUUGAGCUACCGGAAACCCCGCCUCCCCGCCCCCGCCCGGGGGCGCGUCGUGUCGGGGUUGUUGGCUCGUUGCGCUUGCGACGGACUGCUGGACCACCACCACCAGAGAGCUGGCUCCUGGGCAGUCGGGAUGAUGCGGAGGAAGACGAUGUUGAUAUUGCUGCCGCGGAGAAAGAAAGGGUCAUCUACCGGCUAGAGCGUCUACCAGGCACGACCUUCCCUCCCAAGGGCAGUCUUGUCGAAACGGUGCUCAGAUCGAUGGCAACAUACUGGGAAUGGCAUGUUGAGUAUGACGGACUGUUCCUGGGAGCUCUUCCAAAUCACCUCAAAGUGCGCCUCCUCAGCUACAUCGCUAUAUACGCCAAGGAUCGACCACUAGGCGGGCUUAUGCGCGGUCUGCGACCUCUAUUCGAGAAAUCCCGCGCUACCGAUGACCCCGAUAUACAUCAAGAAAGCGAGUCCGAAGUCACCCGUCUAGACCUAAGCAGCGCCAUCGGUCGAUGGCUAAGCUUGAAGCAGCUCUCCAGCGAGCUCCUCAUCACCGAGAAGACAAAUACUGUGCAGCGCAAGCCCAAAGAAUCCGUCCCCUCCUCCUGGGAAGAGGAAUACGACGAAGUCGAAGAAGAGGGCAACACCAUCACCCCAACAGCAAGCAAUCCCACCACUAUCCCUCAUACGCCAUCCCCAACUCUCCGCUUCUCCAACCUCCGCUACCUCUCCCUCGCACACCCCAAACCCGGCACCGUCAACUGGAACUCCCUCAUAAGCCUCCUCUCCCGCCUCUCCACCAUCACCCACCUCUCUCUCGCCCACUGGCCUAUACCCACCGUCACGCCCAACGCAAUCAACGCCCGAAUCCGCCACCCCAACCACCGCUCCCUAACAUUCUCCUACGGCGGCACCGACACCUACUCCGCCAGCGAAAACAACUGGGCCGAAGCAGCAGGUCUCCUCCGGCGCCUAUCCCGCGUAACCUACUGCCUGAAAUGGCUCGACCUCGAAGGCUGCGGCGACUGGAUCCCAGCCCUGAAAUGGCAAGACAGCGAAUCAUCAAUCUCAUCCGCGUACGCCUCCUCAGGUCCCGAAUGGAACACCUCCUGGCGAGACAUCGAAUACAUUCGUCUCGGACCAGGCUGGCUGCCCCAUAUUGACGACGCCGAACUCCUCCCCGAGAACAGCAUCAGCCAGAGCGGCUCCUCUUCCUCGUCUUUGUCGUCGCCUACCCGCUCCCUGGCUUUCUCAGCGCAUGCGCCACCGCCGCAUCCCGCUCUUGCGAGCCGUGUAGGAGGCGGUGGUGGUGGAGGAGAUGUGGAGCCAGCGUCGGAUUUACCGUGGGAUGUGGAGGUCGAGCGGAUCAAGUAUCGGAGGGGGAAGGAGCUAGAGCGGUUCCGGGAGACGGUGCAGGCUGCGAAGGAGGUGCAGCAGUGGGUUUUGAGGUUGAGGAGGGAGGGGAAGGGCAAGUGGGUGCAGUUUUCUUUUGGGUUGGAGGGGAUUGAGGAGGAUGGGUUGAAGAAGUUGUUUGGGAAGGAGUGGGUGGGGGUUUUGCCUUGA